UAUUUAAAGAAUCUAUAAAUCUUACGUUCUCGUUAAAUUUAUAUAGCUUUAAAAUUUUUUUUCAAAUCUCUUUCACUUUCACUUUCUUCCUCGAAUUCGACACUUAUUAUCGAUACACUCCGACUUUCAAAUACAAUGAAAAACUUUUGACUUUCACUCUCGCACCCUUCACCUUCCUCCGAUCGAAAAGAGAGAUCCAUGGAUCUCGAGUCUUUUUUCGCUCGAAUAUUCGUUUAGUUCUUAAAUCGAACUCGAAAUGCCACUCGUUUCCGCUCGACGGUUCAACGGCCACUCCCAAAGCCCCGACGGUCAGCGCGCCUCGGACCCCUGUUAACCCUCUGUCCACCACUUUCGAUUUCCUUCGAGGCAUCGGCCGACAUUCCAUACGGAAACUUUCCAUCGUGGAAAGCGAUCGAAAGCAAAGAGUCGGAACGGAUUCGAAACCGUGACGACGACCUUGCCGAGGGUCGGCCACGGCUCUGCAAGAGGAGGAUCGGCGGCGACGUCGCGUGCGGUUCCUGGUGGCGCACUAAAUGUCGCAAUCGGUCGCAGCCGAUCGUUCGAACGGCUCGUUGAAGGAAGGGGUCGAACACUUUCUCUCGGACGCGGCGAACCAGCGUACGAGCCGACGAGAGGAACACUCGGCCACGAGUUUUUACCAAAGGAACAACUAGUCCGCCGUCACGUUUCCGUCACGGUGCUCCUCCGCCUGUAGAACAGGUCUCUCAAUUUCGAAAUCGUUCUGGAUUUCUAAAUGAACAGUGUGUGCCGGGGUUGAUUGAGUUGUUUACGACUGCGUUCCAAGAUGCGAUUGACGCAAGCCUCUUCCAUUCUUGGGUGUUGGUUCUUGGCAGUGACGUUGGUGGACGCCGCGCCGAACCCAGAGGAACCAUUGUUCAAUCUUCCCGUGCAGCUGAUCGGCUUCCCGGUGAUCGUAGCCACUGUGAGGAUCACCAACUUCGUAAAGAAACUCGCCUACUCGUUGAACCCAGAAACUUACGUCAGCCGAGUGAGACGAGAUCUUCCUCUGGUCCACGACGAAGAGAUCCUCAAUGUCGAUCAAGUGGAGAAGAAAUUGGUAUCGGAAUUGGGCAACAACGUUUGCGUUUAUGAGAGAAUUUGCGCGAAAUAUGCCACCCAAACUCUGCAGAAACGAAGCAGGGAACGAGCUCUUGAUUGGGACAUUAUUUUCAGCGAGUACAAAUCAUCGCCGAUCCCGAUGAAGGAGAAUUAUUUAUUGAGCGUGUUCCUGGGCGACAUCAUAGGCAGCCCGCGACUCUGUCACCAGUUGGCGAAACGAGGAAGACGCUGCGACGAGGCCACGCUCUCCGAUUAACUGUAAAAUCACUGCGAACAUCGCCAUUUGCGAACGCCGAUUGUAAAUAAUCGCGAAUCGUGUAUUUCCAUUUGAAUCGCCUUGAUUCCUUGGUGAAUCUUUUUGGAAAUUGCGACCAGGAGUUCGCCAAGGACAGAGAAAGCUGGCGA